GACUGACUCGCCUUUCAAAGAAGAGAUGAAGAUUGUCGUGUUUGCUCUUCUCCUCUCAGCUCAUUGUGAGCUGACAACAGCUCUGAAAAGACAACACUUUUAUUUUAGUAAUGCCACGACAUGGACAGAAGCUCAAAGCUUUUGCAGAGACUACUAUGUAGACCUGUCCAGUCUUGACACCCCGGAGGAAAUUACAGCGUUAGACACUGCAAGUGGGCUUAGUGGUUCAUACUCAGACAGCUGGAUUGGUCGGAAAAAGAUCUCUGAAUACCACUGGGAGUGGAGUGAUGGAAGCCGCAGAGGUUUUUUCAACUGGGCACAUGGAGAACCAGAUAAUGCAGGCAAUGACAUCUGCGCUAUUGUGAAAAAUGGCCAAUGGCAUGACAGGCCAUGUACUGAUUCAUACCCUUACUUCUGCUACAAGUGGGACACUGAACUGAUUGUGGUUAAAGAGAAUAAGAGCUGGGAGGACGCGUUACAAUACUGCAGGACUCAUCACACUGAUCUGGCCAGUCUGCCAUCAUAUAUAUAUUUAAUCCAAGCCAGACAAGCCACUGCUGAGACAUCAAGUGUGUGGACAGGUCUACGGUUCCUGGCAGGCUCAUGGAUCUGGUUGAGUGGUAGGAAUCUGGGAGACCUUAGUGCCCAGCUGCCAGCCUGUCCUGCCAAUUACACUUACUGUGGAUCUCUAAACCUGAAAAAUCAGAGCCGGGAGAACAGAGACUGUAUGGAGGAACUUAACUUUGUGUGCUAUUAG